AUGAGUUUUUGGCUCGCGGUGAAUGCAAUUGAAAUUGUACAAAAUAUUACCAUCCUCAGCAUUAAACACGAUCAUCCUUGGAUUAUUUAUAAAUAUUUUGUUGGUACUUUUAAGUCUAGCAGUUGUGGUAUUUGUCGGUCAUCUGUUGUUCUUCCACAUAAGGCUAU